GACUGGCUCCGUUCCCCCGGUCAGCAAACUGAAAGAAGUCAUUGGCUUUUUGGAGAAGAAAGUCUCCCAGUCUCUCUGGUAAGUCUUCCCCUUCUCCCGUGCUGAGACGCUAUUUCUCCUUCGCCCCGACUGCACGUGCUGCGGGAUACCUCAGGCAUACCUCUCUGCCUCAUUGUCUAUAUCUCUCUGUCUUCUUCCUUGUCUCCCUCUCUGUAUCUAUCUCCCUACCUCGUUAUUUCUCCCUUUCUCUACCUCUUCGUCUUCUUGUCUAUCCAUGCCACCAUAUUGUCUGCAGGAUUGCCAUUACUUCUACCGCAGUGCUCUUCGUCUUUUGUCUAUUCCUACCCUACUCGCCUGCCUCUUUGCUUAGCUAUCCAAUUCUGAAUUCUGAAUACUGGAUACUGGACACUGGACUGGAAUAGGGCUAAUUUAUUAUAAUGUCAUACUCAUCGCUUGCAGUGCGCUACUUUACCACUCCCAAACCCCUAGGUGAUGCUAUGGAGAACUCCUCCCAGGCCUCGCAUGGGCUGGAUACCAAGAUUAUCCCCUCCUCCCAGAGUCCCGUAAAGGGGAACAACAACAGUACAUCGUCAUCCUCGUCGACCUCAACCACGACUUUGGAUCAGCAGAUGACCAACGGUAAAAGCAGGGGUCUGACAUUUGCCAACCAGGAAUCACUGCCCAAGCUGCCUAUCCCGGAACUCGAGGAGACAUGUCGCAAGUACUUGGAGGCGCUGGCACCGUUACAGACAGCCAGAGAGCAGGAGGAGUCGAGACUUGCCGUCCAGGACUUUCUCCGCACAGAUGGGCCUCUCUUGCAGGAGAGACUGAAGAAUUAUGCUUCCUCCAAGACGAGCUUUAUUGAACAGUUCUGGUACGAUUCGUAUCUCAACUAUGACAAUCCCGUCGUGCUCAAUCUGAACCCCUUCUUUCUGCUGGAAGAUGACCCAACCCCCAGUCGGAACAACCAGGUGACCCGGGCAGCCUCGCUCGUCGUCUCGGCACUAUCCUUUGUGCGCGCGGUGCGUCGCGAGGAGCUGCCGCCGGACACGGUGCGUGGCACGCCGCUGUGCAUGUACCAGUACUCACGCCUGUUUGGCACGGCGCGCGUGCCCACGGACAACGGGUGCAUCAUCAGCCAGGAUCCGACGGCGAAACACAUCGUCGUCCUGUGCCGCGGCCAGUUCUACUGGUUCGAUGUGUUGGACAACAAUCACGAUCUGAUCAUGAGCGAGAAGGACAUCUCGGUCAACCUGCAGGUCAUCGUGGGCGACGCCGAGCAAACCCCCAUCCAGGAUGCGGCCAAAGGCGCGCUCGGCGUGCUCAGCACGGAGAACCGGAAAGUGUGGUCGGGCCUGCGCGACAUCCUGACCAAGGAGACCGGGUCGAACAACGCCGAGUGCCUCAACAUCGUCGACACGGCGCUCUUCGUCCUCUGUCUCGACUACACCGAGCCGUCGAGCACGGCAGAGCUGUGCGGCAACAUGCUGUGCGGCACCAGCGAGGUCGUGCGCGGCGUGCAGGUGGGCACCUGUACCAACCGCUGGUACGACAAGCUGCAGAUCAUCGUGUGCAAGAACGGCAGCGCCGGUAUCAACUUUGAGCACACGGGCGUCGACGGCCACACCGUGCUGCGCUUCGCCAGCGACCUCUACACCGACACCAUCCUGCGCUUCGCCAAGACGAUCAACGGGCAGGCGCCCAGCCUGUGGGCGACGACCAGCCCGGACCCGGCGCGCCGCGAUCCACGAAGCUUCGGCAACGUGAGCACGACGCCGCGCAAGCUCGAGUGGGACAUGGCGCCCGAGCUGAGCAUCGCGCUGCGCUUCGCUGAGUCGCACCUGGCCGACCUGCUGCAGCAACACGAGUUCCAGGUGCUCGACUUUGAGGGCUACGGCAAGACCUUCAUCACCUCCAUGGGUCUCUCGCCCGAUGCCUUUGUGCAGAUGGCCUUCCAGGCCGCCUACUACGGGCUCUACGGCCGCGUCGAGAACACCUACGAACCCGCCAUGACCAAGACCUUCCUGCACGGCCGCACCGAGGCCAUCCGCACCGUCACCUCGGAGUCGCUCGACUUUGUCAAGAUCUUCUGGGGCGACAAUCCGGCCAAAGACAAGGUCGACGCUCUCCGCACGGCCACCCAAAAGCACUCGGCCACCACCAAGGACUGUGCCCGCGGCCACGGACCCGACCGUCACCUCUACGCCAUGUAUUGUCUCUGGCAGCGGUCGUUUGAAGACAACACCUCGGUUGUCGACAGUAUUGGCGACACCGGCUCCUCUCAGGAUUCUGCCAGCCCGGUGCUUGAAAUACCUUCUUCUUCUUCUUCUUCUUCUUCUUCUCCUACUGCCAUCGGUGGUGGCGGCGGCGGCGGCGGCGGCGGCGACUCUAACUCUCCUCGACUUGCCUCCCCAGUCUCGGACUACGACGGCCUCUCGUCCGUUUCAAACGGUUACAGCAGCGUACGGCUCCGGACAACGACACCCAGCAUUUUCACCGACCCCGGCUGGGACAAGAUCAACAACACCAUUCUGUCGACAUCUAACUGCGGCAACUCGUCACUGCGCCACUUCGGGUUCGGCCCGACCUCCGGCGACGGGUUUGGGAUCGGGUACAUCAUCAAGGACGAUUCGAUCUCCAUCUGCGCAAGCUCCAAGCACCGCCAGACCGCCCGCCUCAUGCAUACCCUCGAGUCAUACCUGCACGAGAUCCGCAAGCUGCUGCGCGCGACCACGACCCGCAAACCCGUCAGUCCACGCACCAGCCGCGCCCGCGAGCUCGAGAUCCUCUCCGAACGCCUGCACUCCGAUACCACGCACCAUCACCAUCACCACCAGCGGCGCGGGCGGAUUGUGCGCGGGGACGCCAAUUCAACCAGGGGAGGGGCCGACACCCCGACCACGGCGGAUAGUGGGGACAUCGAUGAUGAUGGGAUGGGCGGAUAUGGCUUCUUCGAUGCCGGCAUGCUGCUUCACGCAUUGAAAGGCGUGAGCGAGCGGGACCGAGGCGACAAGCCUGCCAAGCGACGCUUUGUGGGGAAAAAGCUCCAGCUAAAUGAAUAUUGAGGACAGAGUAUACAAUGAGUCUAUCUUAUAUACCCUAUGAAUAUGUUGUAACUACCGUGUACAAAGCUUACCUUCCAUGAACUUGUAUAGUACUAUAGUAUCUAACUAUACACUUCAUCUAUAGACUAACUAUGGAGUAUGGAGUAUGUACUCCAUACUCGUACAGGCAGACUACUUACUACAUAUCUUAUCGCGGUCAAUGCUUCAGUGGCUGGACACGGACAUGCAGCGCUACGUGGCCCAGUAGAUGGUGCAGUGCUCUGUGCUCUGUGCACAGGGCUACUCCGUACAGAGCAUGGAGGAUGUACCUAGUAUGCGCGUGUAUGUAGUAAGGGUUGCAUGCAUUUACAUUUCCA